CACGUUGCCUCCUUCCCGCAGCCCUUCCAGAAGCACGUCUACUACCCGCUCGCCAGCGGCCUCGAGGGUCCCGAGGCCGCCCCCGCCGCCGCGGCGGGCGCAGCCUCCAUGGCCUGCGCGCCCCCCAGCGCGGCAUCGGGCCCGCUGCCCUUCUUCCAGUUCCGACCGCGGCUGGAGAGCGUGGACUGGCGGAGGCUGAGCGCCAUCGACGUGGACAAGGUGGCGGGGGCGGUGGAUGUGCUCACGCUGCAGGAGAAUAUCAUGAACAUCACCUUCUGCAAGCUGGAGGACGAGAAGUGCCCGCACUGCCAGUCGGGGGUGGACCCCGUGCUGCUGAAGCUCAUCCGCCUGGCGCAGCUCACCAUUGAGUACCUGCUGCACUCCCAGGAGUUCCUCACGUCGCAGCUGCACAGCCUGGAGGAGCGGCUGCGCCUGAGCCUGGCCGACGUGGAGCAGAGCAGGCGGCUGCUCACCAAGCAGGCCGGGGAGAUGAAGAUGCUCAAGGAAGAGUGUAAACGCAGGAAAAAGAUGAUCGCCACCCAGCAACUGAUGAUCGAGGCCAAAACCAGCUAUUACCAGUGUCAAUUUUGUGACAAGGCCUUUAUGAACCACGCUUUUCUACAGAGCCACAUUCAGCGCCGACACCCUGAAGAUCCUCACCUUGAGUAUAAGAAAAGGGUGCAGACGGACAGGCUGCAGAAGGAGGUCGACAUGUUGAAGGAGCAGCUGCAACUCACCAAGUCUCAGCUGGAGUCUGCCCAGCACGCCCACGCGGUCAGAUUCUCCAAGGAACAUGAAAUGCAGAAAAUAAAAGAGGAAGAAUUUCUGAAGUUAUUUGAUAGAUGGAAAGAAGAAGAAAAGGAGAAAUUGGUUAGUGAAAUGGAAAAAGUCAAGGAAAUGUUUAUGAAGGAGUUUAAAGAAUUGACUUCCAAGAAUUCAGCAUUAGAAUACCAAUUGUCAGAAAUCCAGAAGUCCAGUGUGCACAUCAAGUCCAACUUAGGCAUGUUAAAAGAUGCCCACGAUUUUAAAGAAGACUGUCCACAGUACCCCCACGAUCUCCAGAACGUGAUGCAGCUUCUUGAUAGUCAGGAAAGCAAAUGGACAGCUCGAAUUCAAGCUCUAAAUCAAGAACACAAGAAAGAGAAGGAUCGGGGACUCCUUCAACCUGGCAAAUUUAUGAGCCCAAGCCAAAUGCCUCUGCUGUACCUAGAAACUGAUGUUACUUUGCUGUUGUCCUGUUUGUACUAUUGUUAUUUUUCCUCAUUAAUAGAACAGGCAUUCUCAUCGCACAUACUGGAACCAAUAGAAGAACUAUCAGAGGAAGAAAAAGGAAGAGAAAAUGAACAGAAAAUAAAUAACAAGGCACAUUUAAGGAAGGUUUUGAAGAAUAACCCCACCCUCACUAAGGAAAUCAAAGCUGUCUUGGAGCAAAGUUUGGUGGAAAAACUGGAAACCUUGGGGAUUAAUGCAGAUCUACGUGGUAUUCCAAGCGAACACCUGAAUAAAUUACUAAGGUCCAUGGAAAUCGCAAGACAUGAGAAAGAAAAACAAAUACCUAACAUUCAGCAGAUUCGAAAGUCCCUCGAGCAUCAGGUCAACCUUCAGGUCGAGGAGAGAAUGUUACUGUCUUCAGAACGGCCCCUGGGACAUAUGAAUGCCGCCGCCCUUCCGGAGUCCAGUAUUUCCCAAGUGGAGAGCCUUUCCACUGGAGAACUGCCCAGGUGCUCACAGCUGCCUCCCAAAAGCAGACAACUGAUUAGGCAAAAACCCGUGUUCACUGAUAAGACAUCCGUUCCAGUAAUUAAGAAAAAUGUCGUAGAAGAUCAUUUACCCAGAAAAUCUUCAUCCAUUACGACCCCUCCCUUUAGCUCGGAGGACGAGCUGGAAGAAGACGACUUCGUCCAGGCUUUCACGUCCCCAGACUUACUUCCUGUUCCGACCGCUAAAAGCUCCAAGAGUAGCCUUACAAAGAGCUCAGUCAAAAGUGACACCGACUGGACUGAGGGAAGCGAAAUGGAGGACUCCGAUAUCUCCCCCAAGCCCACAAGAACCGCCAUUAAAACACUUACUGAAAAAGUUGAAAAGACGGUUUCAAAUCACAGAAAUGGGAAUAAGCCCGUUGGCGGGAUUAAUGUUACUGAGAUGUUCGUCAAAAAAGAAUUAGAAGAAGAACUCAAGUGUAUAGAUGUGGAUGACGACGACUGGGACAUAUCGUCCUUGGAGGAAGAACCAUCUUUGGGGCGGAAACCUGGGAAAGAGCAGAAGGAAGCUCCAUCCUUGAAGAAUGAGCCAAACUCUACUCAAGUGCCAAACGCCUGGGGCGUCGUUACCCCCAAGGGGCCUAAGGGAGAAGGUUUCAUGUGUUAGCGUCUGGCGGGAGCCCCGUGUCCAGUCUGUGUGUCUCAUCUUGACAAAUGCCUGACUCAUCUCUGUACUUCCUUGCUGAGGCUCCGCUACUAUCACAACAAAGUGCUUGUGGUCGUUCCCGAGAUGGGACUGCUGUGUGUUAUUUAACCAGGACUGGACGUGUACGGCUUACUGAUUCAUAUACACGCACUAGUCCUUUUUAUUUAAAUAUCAGGCCUCAUCUUUAGUCCUUACAUUUUUUGAAAUAUUAUUUUUGAAAACGCCCAUAUAGUCUCUUCUUGCAGGUGCCCCAUAGGAAUUAAAACUUCUGACCACACACCUGUAUGCGGCCUUUCUUCUGGCAGUUUCCCUGUGCUUGUCUGCUUCCACGUUACGUGCUUUAUUUUCUUCCAAAGAGAAAGCCCCUGCAGCGAGUGGGAGGACAGG